CUGCUGUAGUGCUGCAAAAAGAGGCAAGGGGCACUAGGUGUGGAUGACCUUGAAGAUGAUCGCGGCCAAGAAGAGCGCAGGCGCUGUCGUGGUCUUCCUGGCGGCAUCAUGCAGCAAAGCUGUGUCCUUCAUGCCCUCUCCAUCUAGUACAUCCGCUGUGGCUGCUUCGUGGACUUUCAACCGCUGUCGAGCUGCGGACGCAUGCCGCCGCUGCUCGUUGGAUGUCACAACCACAACCUCCGACGCAAACGAAAGAUGGCAACGGCAACAACGGCAAGGGCAAGGGGGUAGCAGAGGACAAAGGCGAGGCAGGAGGAGUAGCGAGCUGUGGGGGGGGAAGGUCGGGAAGCUGGCGUCCUCAAAACCUUCGGAAGAUUUCGCGAGAGAGGGACGAGCAGAUGGCGGAUCAACUACAGCAGGUGCGGCACAAUUACCAACAAUAGCAAUUCUUCCGAGAUUUGCACGAGAGUUUCACCCGUGA